UUCCUCCACCCCCGGCGUGGGUGAUCCCGAGGCUCGGCGCGCUUUGGGGCAGAAACCCGGAGACUCCGUCGUCUAUGUCGUUACCGCUGGCGUUUCUAUUGCCCUCGACCCCCUCAGCUGUCCCCCAGUUCGUGGCCCUAAGUCGGCUCUCCCGCCGAGCCCCGUGGGGUGCCGCGACGUCCCUCGGUAUUGGCAAAGCUGGGCCCCGGCCCCGACGCCGCGCGCAGCACGCCUAGCCCAACUGUUUGGACUCUCCACUCAAUCGCUGUCUUCUUUCCCAGGACUGCUUUUAAGGGGGCCUCGGGCUUGCACGCUCGCCCCGCGCCGGAGCGCUCCGGCCCGGCCAGGGAGCGGCCCCUUGUAGAGGUCUGAGGAGCCUAUCGUGGUCCAGCCCGGCGCCCGACCCUCCCACCGUUCGGCCACUGGCCCGCUUCUUCCUGAUGCAGACUGCCGUCCACUAGAGGCUGGACAGGACCCCCGAGUGUCCAGGGUAUGGAUUGUGAACAAGUUGGUUUUGUUUCACGUGUUCAUUUGACUGUUAUUUAGGACCCUUCGCUAUAAGUAGAAGUCAGCUCAGGUGAUUCAUGGCAGGGGACGUGGAAGGAUUCUGUUCCUCCAUCCAUGACACCAGUGUCUCUGCUGGGUUCAGAGCACUGUAUGAGGAGGGAUUGCUUCUUGAUGUCACUCUGGUUAUUGAAGACCAUCAGUUCCAGGCCCAUAAAGCCCUCCUGGCCACCCAGAGUGAUUACUUCAGAAUUAUGUUCACAGCAGAUAUGAGGGAACGAGAUCAGGACAAAAUUCAUUUGAAGGGUCUAACAGCUACUGGAUUCAGCCACGUUCUUCAGUUUAUGUAUUAUGGAACUAUAGAACUAAGCAUGAAUACAGUUCAUGAAAUCCUUCAGGCAGCAAUGUAUGUUCAGCUGAUAGAAGUGGUGAAAUUCUGCUGCUCUUUUCUCUUAGCUAAAAUCUGCUUAGAAAAUUGUGCGGAAAUUAUGAGACUGUUAGAUGAUUUUGGUGUUAACAUCGAGGGAGUCAGGGAGAAGCUGGAUGCCUUUCUGCUAGACAACUUCGUGCCGCUCAUGUCCAGGCCUGACUUCCUGUCUUAUCUGAGCUUUGAGAAGCUCAUGUCUUAUUUGGAUAAUGAUCAUCUGAGCAGGUUUCCAGAAAUAGAGCUGUACGAGGCUGUGCAGUCUUGGCUGCGACAUGAUAGACGACGGUGGAGACACACAGAUACCAUCAUUCAGAACAUCAGGUUUUGUCUGAUGACUCCAUCCAGCGUUUUUGAGAAGGUUAAAACAUCAGAAUUUUAUAGAUACUCCCGACAGCUGCGGUAUGAAGUUGACCAAGCAUUGAAUUACUUCCAAAAUGUUCACCAGCAACCCUUGUUGGACAUGAAAUCAAGCCGUAUUCGUUCUGCCAAACCCCAAACUACAGUAUUCCGAGGAAUGAUUGGACAUAGCAUGGUUAAUAGUAAAAUACUCCUGUUAAAGAAACCAAGAGUCUGGUGGGAACUGGAGGGCCCCCAAGUACCUCUAAGACCAGACUGCCUUGCCAUUGUCAAUAAUUUUGUGUUCCUGCUAGGUGGCGAAGAGCUGGGCCCCGAUGGAGAAUUCCAUGCCUCUUCGAAAGUGUUCAGGUAUGAUCCAAGACAAAAUUCUUGGCUGCGCAUGGCAGACAUGUCUGUACCACGUUCAGAAUUUGCUGUUGGUGUCAUUGGGAAGUUUAUUUAUGCUGUAGCAGGCAGAACAAGAGAUGAAACUUUCUACUCAACAGAAAGAUACGAUAUCACUAACGAUAAAUGGGAAUUCGUAGAUCCUUAUCCAGUUAACAAAUAUGGACAUGAGGGGACAGUGCUCAAUAACAAGUUGUUUAUCACUGGAGGAAUCACUUCAUCUUCCACAUCUAAACAGGUGUGUGUAUUUGACCCCAGUAAAGAAGGGACCAUAGAACAGCGGACCAGGAGAACUCAAGUGGUUACCAACUGCUGGGAGAAUAAAAGCAAGAUGAAUUAUGCUAGAUGCUUUCACAAGAUGAUCUCUUAUAAUGGCAAGCUUUAUGUCUUUGGUGGUGUCUGUGUGAUCUUGAGGGCCUCUUUUGAAUCUCAGGGCUGCCCUUCCACAGAGGUGUAUAACCCAGAUACUGAUCAAUGGACCAUCUUGGCAUCUAUGCCAAUUGGUAGAAGUGGUCAUGGUGUGACUGUGCUGGACAAACAAAUCAUGGUCCUUGGGGGCCUUUGUUAUAAUGGUCAUUACAGUGAUUCCAUUCUCACCUUUGACCCAGAUGAAAAUAAGUGGAAAGAAGAUGAGUACCCUCGGAUGCCCUGCAAGCUGGAUGGUUUACAGGUGUGCAACCUCCAUUUUCCGGACUAUGUACUGGAUGAGGUUAGGCGUUGCAACUGAUGACAUCUUUCUCCCUAAAAGGAAAAAGGCAAAUAAAGCAUUUGUGAUACAGUAGUUUAAAAGCAUAAAGAAAAACCUCACCAGUUUUACUAUCAAAGCCAUUGGUCUAAUAUUGUAAGUUUUCAUUCUGUGCUAGCAUCUUUCCUUUCCUUUCAGUGGCCUCAAACUCAUGCAAUAAGUUCCUUUGAAGCACUAGCUCUUGAAACUACUUCCAAAGCAGUUUAUACAUACACUGCUCCACUUACCCGGGAAGUUGAUCUUCUGCUUUAAAUAUUUCUUUCAGAUGUUAGUGUAGGAUUUGUGCAUCUUCUAAGAGAAGACCCAGUAAGUGUCACUGGAUUUGAUUUCAGUCCCUCUGUUUGAACUCUUUGGAAAUUAUUUUAGUCUGCUAUAUGUUUUGGUUUAUUAUUUAAAAGUUUAAAACUCUUGACCUUUUUGCAUGGCUUUUUGCUGAAAAUGCAAAAAUUUAAAUUUUUUACAAAAGUUUUUAUAUCAGAACACUAUUUCUAAGCUGCCUUCUCUUAUGUGCAUUGCGUUAGUGAAAGCAUACCCAUACUCAUAUACAUCCUAGAAAUAUAUAAGGCACACUCCUUUUAUGCGUGGUUAGGAUUCUAUAUUUUUAAGCUAGUGCACUUGCACAGACAGUUCGCCAUACUUGUUGAAAUUUAGAUGUAAUGUCUUUAAUGUAUUAAUGUUUAUAGAAAGUUAAAAUAACUGGAGUCCUCAUUUGGUAUCAAAGUAGUCUAUCCUCUGUCCGUACUGGUUCAGUAAAAUUUGAACUCAUAGUUCUGAAUCAUGUAUGGAUUUACAAAAGCUAACGUUUGGCAUUUUGUUUUCAAAACUAAGCAUUAAUGUUUCAUGUCAAUGUAUGCCUUUUCUUGUUUAAAAAUGUUUUUCUUUGCAGUCUGUUUAAUGUUGGUUGCCCCUUUUUAGUGAGAAUCUGAGUGGUCUGUGUCAAGCUCUGACCCUGCAUCAUACAAGCACUUUUAAAGGAAAGUUAGGCAAUACCACACUCCUAAGUUAAAGCCCCUUAAGAGGAAGUGCAACCCCCAUUGUUUCCCUCCAGGCUGCUGCAGGUGUUGAAUGUGGGCCAGCAACUCUUACACAGUCAAUUUGAGCUCAGUUUUGACUGAGAGGUAAGGGACGAGUUAUAUUACUGCUUAUAUUAUAUUUGCUUGAUCAGUUUGUACAAAAUAUUCGGUGGCACUAGAGAGAUAUCAACCCCUCAAUG